AUGCACGACCACCAUGGAGCAGGGGCUCGAGGGCGGCGGAGAAGCGGAGGUGACGAGGAGGAGUUGACUGAGAUGGCUGUUCCGGCCCCAGCUCAACCGGAAGACCCCAGGCGUCCUUCACUAGAAGACAUUGAGCGUCGGCUAAGUCGACACUAUACAAAAGAUCGCCGAGAAGCCCUCGGAGAACUGGCGGCACCUGAACCCGUUCCGUCAAGAGAAAAGCCAAGCGAUGAAGAGACUGGAGGUCAUCGCACCAGCCUGGAGGAGGCGCAACAAGAGGAGGAAGGGGAGGAAGGGACAAAGGCCCCGGAGCCCACGACUUCAUAUGCCGCCACAGAGGUCUACAUUAUUUCUUGGUUGGUCUUUUUUUCACUCCUUGGGACAUUGGCACGACUGGGGGUCGAUGCCCUCACACUGUAUCCGAAUUCACCUUUUUCGAGCCGGGUAUUAUGGGCCAACCUAGGUGGUUCAUUUUUCCUCGGCUUCCUCACGGAAGAUCGUCAACUUUUCCGGGAAGAAUGGGGAUCAAGAGACCCCGGAGCGCCAGCAUCGGACCAUAUCAAGGUCAAAAAGACCAUUCCACUCUACAUCGGGCUCGCUACGGGGUUCUGUGGUUCAUUCACGUCCUUUUCUUCCUUCAUCCGCGACUGCUUUUUGGCCUUGACGAAUGACCUCCAGUCGCCUUCGCGGACCUUGCCAUACCAGGUGGAUCGGGUUGUCGCGCAUAGGAAUGGUGGUUUUUCAUUCUUGGCUCUGCUUGCCAUUGUGAUUGUCCAUCCGGCCGUCUCUCUGGCGGCGCUGAUGGUUGGCGCACAGCUGGCUCUUUUGCUUCAACCAGUCACGCCAACGCUACCGUUCAGAUUCUGUCGCAAAGUGCUGGAUCCGUUGGGUGUCAUUCUCGGGUUUGGUUCCUGGCUUGGAGCAGUCUUUCUGGCUAUUUGGCCCCCUGGGAACGAUAUACACUGGAGGUUCCGCGCGGUUUUGCCCCUUGUGUUUGCACCGCUGGGCUGCCUUCUUCGCUUCUACAUGUCCAAGCACAUGAACGCCAUUAUACCGUCCUUCCCGCUGGGCACAUUCGCCGUCAAUAUUUUUGGCACGGCGGUGCUAGGCAUGGCCUGGGAUUUGCAACACUCGAGCACCAUCGCCGCAUCCGGGUCCAACGCUUGUGCGGUGCUGCAAGGGAUUAUGGACGGAUUUUGCGGCUGCCUUACCACGGUCAGUACGUGGGUUGCGGAAAUCCAGGGGCUUCGCCGAAGGCAUGGCUGGAUCUAUGGUGCUAGCAGCGUGGCCGUUGCAUUGGCAAUGUUGGUGGUGAUCAUGGGCUCGAUGGGAUGGACUGUUGGAUUUGUACCACCAACUUGCAGCUGA